AUCCCGUAUAAAGAUAAACACGGACGAGGUGUAGCGGCGGGUUUGGACAGUCAUUGCAUAACAAACCACAUUUGCGCAACUAGGCCUACUACUACUAUAUUUACUCGCGCUCAGCGGUUUAUCCAGUGCCUACUGUACUGCGCAUAAUCUGAAAUAAUGGCGCGUACGUAAACAUGCUGCAGACGGAGAUGGUGGUUAACCAUGACGAGCGAGUGGGUCGGCGUGUGGCGGUAGGUAUAUGGCAUGGCACAGUGCGGUACGUGGGCUCGGUACCACCAGCUCAAGGGCUGUGGCUGGGGGUCGAGUGGGACGACCCGAGUCGGGGCAAACACAACGGUUCACACAACGGCGUACACUACUUCCACACCAGUCACCCGACCUCCGGAUCGUUCAUCCGCAUAGAGAAGGCAGACUUUGGUCGCUCGUGUGUCUCCGCUAUCCAGGAGCGUUAUGGCAGUAAUGAGUUGACGCUGACUGUAGAAGAGCUGCAGGAGCUCCAGAGGGCUAUGAACGCUCCCCUUGUGGAAAUGGUUGGCUUUGAGGAGGUGAAACAAUUACAAAGCUGUUUCUCCAGCCUGGAGAUAGUCUGCCUGUCCAAGCUCCAGGUAAGCAGUGCUGGAGAAGGACUGCCAUCCAUGUGUCCUAGAGCCAGACAUGUAGACCUUGCCUCGAAUCUGCUCAACUCUUGGCUCCAGCUGGCUGAGAUCACUGUCAAUUUUCCGGCCAUGCAAUUUCUUAAUAUCAGUGACAACAGAUUAGAAAUCCCAGACAACCCAGAGAACUUGACGAGUGCUUUCAACCAAAUGACGCACUUAGUCUCCGGGCACAUGAAUUACACUUGGGAUCAGAUCUGCGAAUGUUCCAAAAUGUGGCCUCAACUAGAAAGACUUCAAGUGCCAUUUAACAAAAUAACAAACAUCAGCUUGCCAAUGUAUGCACUAGAAAACUUGAUAGAGUUGGAUUUGGAAGGAAACUCAAUAGCUCAGUGGGAGGAAAUAAAUAAAUUGGGUACGCUUAAAAAACUGGAGACCUUGAAUCUAUGUGACUUAGGUCUCACAAAUAUCUCCAUACCUGCUUCCCAGAACCUCUUUCCAAGUCUUCAGUGUCUAAUGAUCUCAAGUAACAAUAUUUCAAAGUGGAAUGAUAUUUCUGAACUUGAAAAACUUCCAAAGCUGGAGGAAUUGAAAUUCACUAAUAAUCCUGUGCAAGAUAAUCUCUCUGUCGAGACUGUAUACUACAAGGUUGUCUGCAGGAUUGGAACUCUUAAGGUGCUGAACCGUAAAAUUGUUACCAGAGAAGAAAGGAGGAGUGCAGAACUAGAGUAUUUGAAGGAAUGUGGCAGAGAAUGGCUUGAAGUAUCAAACGAUGAAGCCCUCAAGACAAAGUUUGUCGCUACGCAUCCAAGAUAUCCCAUUAUUGUUAAAAAAUAUGGAGCAGCAGAAGAAUCUGAGUUAAAGAAGACAAACCAGUCCGUAGCCUCUUCACUGGUGCGGGUCACAUUGCAAGGGCCAGACAAAGCGGUCACCAUGUCAUUGCCCAAAACCAUGCAGAUCAAGAAUUUGUUGCCUUUGGUGGCGAAAAUGUUUAAUACUGGGGGUGCUGUUCCAACUCUCUGUCGGAAGAGUUCAAAGAACGCCAAAAUUAUUGUAGAGAUGACAAGCCCGCUGAAGACACUGGAUUACUACUCUGUCGAGGACGGUGAUGAGAUUUCAGUACGGUGGUAAUGCUACGUUUCUUUGUUACAUUUAACAAGGUUUUUAUAGUUUAUUUUGUUGUAUUUUUUAAUAACAGUUUAAUAUUAAUUUUCCCUGUAACAUAAAUAAAGUAUUACCGCAUGUAAAA